AUGGUGGUGGCACACCCCACUGCCACCGCCACCACCACGCCCACUGCCACCGUCACGGCCACCGUCGUGAUGACCACAGCCACCAUGGACCUGCGGGACUGGCUUUUCCUCUGCUAUGGGCUCAUCGCCUUCCUGACGGAGGUCAUCGACAGCACCACGUGCCCCUCCGUGUGCCGCUGCGACAACGGCUUCAUCUACUGCAACGACCGGGGGCUCACCUCCAUCCCCGCCGACAUCCCUGACGACGCCACCACCCUCUACCUGCAGAACAACCAGAUCAACAAUGCCGGCAUCCCCCAGGACCUCAAGACCAAGGUCAACGUGCAGGUCAUCUACCUAUACGAGAACGACCUGGAUGAGUUCCCUGUGAACCUGCCCCGCUCCCUGCGGGAGCUGCACCUGCAGGACAACAACGUGCGCACCAUCGCCCGGGACUCGCUGGCCCGCAUCCCGCUGCUGGAGAAGCUGCACCUGGAUGACAACUCCGUGUCCACCGUCAGCAUAGAGGAGGACGCCUUCGCCGACAGCAAGCAGCUCAAGCUGCUCUUCCUGAGCCGGAACCACCUGAGCAGCAUCCCCUCGGGGCUGCCCCGCACGCUGGAGGAGCUGCGGCUGGAUGACAACCGUAUCUCCACCAUCCCGCUGCACGCCUUCAAGGGCCUCAGCAGCCUGCGGCGCCUGGUGCUAGACGGCAACCUGCUGGCCAACCAGCGCAUCGCCGACGACACCUUCAGCCGCCUGCAGAACCUGACCGAGCUCUCGCUGGUGCGCAACUCGCUGGCUGCCCCACCCCUCAACCUGCCCAGUGCCCGCCUGCAGAAGCUCUACCUGCAGGACAACGCCAUCAGCCACGUGCCCUACAACACGCUGGCCAAGAUGCGUGAGCUGGAACGCCUGGACCUGUCCAACAACAACCUGACCACGCUGCCCCGUGGCCUGUUCGAUGACCUGCAGAACCUGGCCCAGCUGCUGCUCCGGAACAACCCCUGGUUCUGCGGCUGUAACCUCCUGUGGCUGCGGGACUGGGUGAAGGCACGGGCGGCCGUGGUCAACGUGCGAGGCCUCAUGUGCCAGGGCCCCGAGAAGGUCCGGGGCAUGGCCAUCAAGGACAUCACCAGCGAGAUGGACGAAUGUUUCGAGGCGGGGGUGCAGGGCGGAGCGGCCAACGCUGCCGCCAAGACCACGGCCAGUGACCACACCUCUGCCACCACGCCCCAGGGCUCACUCUUCACCCUCAAAGCUAAGAGGCCGGGGCUGCGCCUCCCUGACUCCAGCCUCGACUACCCCAUGGCCACAGGCGAUAGUGCCAAGACCCUGGUCAUCCACGUGAAGCCCCUGACGGCCGACUCCAUCCGCAUCACGUGGAAGGCCACGCUCCCCGCCUCCUCCUUCCGGCUCAGCUGGCUGCGCCUGGGCCACAGCCCAGCCGUGGGCUCCAUCACGGAGACUCUGGUGCAGGGGGACAAGACAGAGUACCUGCUGACGGCCCUGGAGCCCAAGUCCACCUAUAUCAUCUGCAUGGUCACCAUGGAGACCGGCAACACCUAUGUGGCCGACGAGACGCCUGUGUGUGCCAAGGCGGAGACGGCCGACAGCUACGGCCCCACCACCACAUUCAACCAGGAGCAGAACGCCGACCCCAUGGCGGGCCUGCCCGUGGCGGGCAUCAUCGGUGGCGCCGUGGCCCUCGUCUUCCUCUUCCUGGUCCUGGGGGCCAUCUGCUGCUACGUGCACCGGGCCAGCGAGCUGCUGACCCGGGAGCGGGCCUACAACCGCGGCACCCGGAAAAAGGACGACUAUCUGGAGUCGGGGACCAAGAAGGAUAACUCCAUCCUGGAAAUCCGCGGCCCCGGGCUGCAGAUGCUGCCCGUCAACCCUUACCACAGCAAGGACGAGUACGUGCUCCACACCAUCUUCCCCUCCAACGGCAGCAGCCUCUGCAAGGGCACGCACACCAUCGGCUACGGCGCCACACGGGGCUACCGGGACGGCGGCAUCCCUGACAUAGACUACUCCUACACAUGAUGCCAGCACCCGGCUCCUGCCUCCUCCUGGUGUGGCGACUGUGUGGCUUUGACCAGCCUGCUGCCAUCUGACAGAACAAGGAAAAGAAAUUCCAUGAUGACUUUCCCAUCAGAAAGCAGAGUUUGGGGAGGGUUGACAAUUUCGUAGAACACAACAGUGAAAAAAAUAAUUUUUUUUAAAGAAUAGAAGGCAGGAGGGGGAUUUGACAUUGAUGAAGACAUAAUUUAUAACAAAUUAUGCCAGGUGGGGAGGAAAAGACUAAAAAUAAUAUCGCAGGAAGGGUUGGGUUGGGGCUUUUAUUUUUCCUGAACUGGAAAGAUACUACCUGUGCUCCGUCUGUGUAUGCCUCAUGCUCUGUGCAGGGCCGUCACAAAGGAACCAUUAGAAAAGCAGCCAACACGCGCAGCCCCCAUGCAGCUCUCGCUGCCGGCUGCUCACUGGCGACGACACGAUGGAAGGUCCUCAGGCUCCUCACAAAGGAGAGGGGAAGAAAAGAUGUUUUGCUGUGGAGAUAUUGUCCUGGUUCUUUCCAUGCCAUUUCCCUCACAGAUUUGCAGAAAUAGCGCGUCUUUCACUGCAUUCUUUGAACGACGAUGUAGCUGAUUAAAAAACAAACUUUCUUUUUCCUAUACUGAAGCCCUCCUCAAUUCCAUGCACCAUAGUCCAUGGAAGCACCAGGGAAGCUGUGGCUGUUCCAGCGCUUGGAGGUGCAUCUAUCUACCUGUUUAUCUUUAUGUCGUGUAUCUAUCUACAGAUGGGUAGAUAGAGCCACAUAUACAGUCCUUACAGUACUUCUUGGGUCAGUUCGUACAAUU